UAAUGUUUAAGAGUUUUUUUUCUUUUUUUAAACAUUUUUGAAGGAAGGAAGAAGAUGGGAGGGAAGGUGAACAAUGCGACUAGUGCUUUAACUGUCAUCCUGCAUUUAAUUUUGGAUAGUCGCAGUGUUCCAAUAUUUGAGGAGCUGCCACAGAGCGGAGGGGGUUCAAGCUAUUCUCCAAAGCGCCUGAAGGCCGGACAGGGAAUAAUGGAUGGAAACUGAAGAAGAGAUUCAACCUGGAAACAAGGAGAAAUUUUCUGACAGUGAGAACAGAAGUUGCUCUCAGAAGCUGUGGGAGCUUCAUCACUGGAGGCUUUCAAGAAGAGAUUGGACUGCCAUCUGUCAGAAAUGGUGUAGGCGAACCUAUGGCAGGCGUGCCACAGGUGGCAUGCAGAGCUCUCUCUGCGGGCACUCGAACUGUUGCCCCAGCUCAGCUCCACGGCGCAUGCGUGUGUGCCUCCUGCCGGCCAGCUGAAUUUUGGAGAAUGUGACAAGGAUGCCUGAUGGAGCCCGAUUCCAAGCGACGGAAGACAGCGGAGCCCAAUGGCGCCUCCGCUUGGGAAGUGCAGCCUGUACUUUCGGAGCUGGAAUCUCGCGAUAUCAGGCUCAUGCCUGUCUACGCCGCCCCAGUGCUGGAUAAGAAAGAGACCUGUCGCCUGAUGAAAGAAGUCUCUGCUAUCUACCCGUUGAGCAACUACCCUCAUUUGAAACGGAUCCGGGCUUGUCUCUCGGCAGGCAGCCCCCACCCGCUGGAGAUGAUCUUGUGCCUUGCAGGCCUCAACGGAGAGCAGGCCGGCUUGCGGUCCCUCGCUGAACUCUUUCCCAGCGGCGAAGUAGAUUUCUGUGGCUUGGGGAAACCUUUCUUGGCCCAUGUGCCGGCUUGCGCGCCUUUGACUCGUCCCCAGUAUGAGGAAGCCGCGUCGCACUGGCCUGUCUCCUUCCACGAGAACAAACGGAUCAGCCAAGCUCUGAAAGGCUGUCUUUUCUCCCCCCUGGAGAAGGAUCGCAUGCAGGGUUACAUGGAGUUGGCUAUCCAAGCAGCCCAGCAGGGAGCGAGGCAGGGUAUGGAGCCCAUAGGAGCCACAGUGGUGGAUCCGGCCACUGGCCGAGUCCUGGCUGUUGGUCACGACUGUAGAGAGGGCUCCAACCCACUUCUCCACGCGGCGAUGGUCUGCGUUGACUUGGUGGCCCACAGCCACGGAGGGGGAGCUUACAGCUUCGAAGAUUAUCCUGCUUGCACCUUUCUUCCUGCGGACAACAGUACCCAGCCGCCUCCUUCUCUUGAGGACGGCCUUCCGUACAUUUGCACCGGGUACGACAUGUACUUAACUCGGGAACCAUGCAUGAUGUGUGCCAUGGCGCUGGUGCACUCCCGCAUUCAGCGGGUGUUCUACGGGGCUCCGUCCUCUCACGGGGCUCUGGGCACAACGCACCACAUCCACAGCCGGAAGGACCUAAACCACCGUUAUGAAGUCUUCCGAGGCAUUCUGGAAGAUCAGUGCAAACGCUUGGCGUGCAAGGAAUCCUCGUGAGAGAAACUUGUCUGGUGGGAAGGUUCUUACUUUUGAGGCUUCCGGGGAUGGUAUAUAUUGUAUUUUUUUUUCAAAAAAAGAUAUUGGAAGGAUGGUUUCGUGUUUGUGGUGUAGUUUGUUUGUAGUCCUUGACUUAGAACCAUUUGUUUAGUGACGGUUUGAAGUUAAAAACGACAUUGAAAAAAGUGACUUAUGACGGUUUUUCACACUUACGGCCGUGGUGUACAUCCUCUUGGUUACGGAUGCUUGCCAACAGAUUCAUAUUUCUGGCGGUUGCGGGGUCUUGAGGUCACGUGAUCCCCUUUUGCGACCUUCAGAGACAAGCAAAGAUAAUGGGGGAAGCCAGAUUCACUUAACAACCAUGUCACUGAUAACUGCACUGAUUCACUUAACAACUGUGGCAAGAAAGGUCGUAAAAUGGGGCCAAACUCACUUAACAACGGUCUCAAUUAGCAACAGAAAUGUUGGGGUCAUAAGUCGAGGACUACCUGUAAAAGGAUGGGUCUUGAGAUCAGCUGGUGGUGAUAGAGCCAAAAUAUAGGCCGCCAUAAUGUAUGGUGGACAUAAGCAAAAGCCAGUAAAUUCUAGUGGAUAAAGCACCAAGUUAGAAACUGGGAGUCCGUGAGUUCUAGUUCUGUCUUGGCUAUGAAAGCCAGGUGGGCGAUUUUGGCCAGUCCCUUUCUCUCAGCCCAACCUACUUCACAGGGCUGUUGAAGGGAAAACAGGAGGAAGAAGGAGUAUUGGAUUUAUUCGCUGGCUUGAGUUAUUUGUAAAAAUUAUAAAGGUUGGAUACCAAAAAAAUAAACAUGGUCAUAGCAAUGCUAAAAUAGGACGGGAUGUUGCAAUGCUCUGGAUCUACGGUGGAAUUGUUAUUGUGUUUUUAUUUUGCUUUUGAUGUGUCACAAAUUGUGACUUUAUUAACCAUAAAUAUAAAUUGUAAGUCAAGUCUUUUUAUUCUUGUAAUUUGUUUGUUGGUACGCAUAUAAAAAAAAUAUGUUAAAUUUUUGCAUUGCCUAUUUCUGGUGAGCUGGAACCAACUGCUCUUAUUUUCCCUAAAAAUAUCACUUUGAUAUUUUGAAAACGAUGCGACCAUUUUGUGACAUUUGUUAACCGCACCACUCAAGACCUACCUGUACGUCGCUGCUGCCGCCGCCCAAUACAGGUGUGCCUGCUUGCUUUAAUUCAGCAAUUAAUAAUGAUUUGGGAUGACUCUGUUGGGAUUGUAUAUCCCAGGGGUCUGCAACCUUAAACACUCAAAGAGCCAUUUGGACCAGUUUCCCACAGAAAAGAAAACACUGGGAGCCACAAAACCCUUCCCAUGCCUGAUGAUUUCUUGAACGGCCACAAAACUAGCAUCUGCAGUUGAAUUAAACGUUCUGUUUUCUUCUGAAACUUUUCUUUUCUUGGAUUUAUCCAUGGUUGACCUACCGGGGGUUGAAAAUUUCAAUAAAGGAGCCUGGAUAGCUCAGCAGACUAAUGCAUUGUAAUUUAACUCCAGCUCUCUGCAAUUAGGAAGUUCGAAUCUCGCCAGGCUCAAGGUUGACUCAGCCUUCCAUCCUUUCUAAGGUAGGUAAAUUGAGGACCCAGUUUGUGGGGGCAAUAAGCUGACUUUGUAAAAAUAUACAAAAGUAUGAAGGCUAUUGCUUAACGCAUUGUAAGCCGCCCUGAGUCUCCGGAGAAGGGCGGCAUAUAAAUCAAAUUUAAAAAAUAAAAAAUUGUGUGUUGGCGGGUGUCGCACAUCGGUGGUUGUGACACAUAUUUUGAAUGACGGAGCCGCAGCAGAGGGGUGAAAGAGCCACAUCCGGCUCCAGAGCCUCAGGUUGCUGACUCCUGGUAUAACCAACAGUGCUGGCAUUUUCCACUUUUCUCAGGACAGUCUCCCCAAGGAGGCAGUACGGCAGGAGUUGUAGAGUUAGUCCUUUUGCUUUCUACUUUUAUUACAUAAAAAUGGAAUGAAAUAAUGUUUUAAUACCUGUCCUGAAGACACUCAUACAUUUAUGAAGGGGUGGUGAUGGCCUGUAUGGGCCUGAACGGCAUCCUCCUUCCUUUAAAAUUCAUAAAAUGUGGAUCUAUCCAUUCGUAUUAGUUAAACUGCUAUGAUAUGAAUAUGUACCAAACUAUAUGUAGUUCUCGACUUAGUGACUGUUUGGUUAGCGACCAAAGAUACAAUGAAUAUGUCCAAGGUUAUAGAUAGUUGUUUUGACCCAGCUCCCCAAACCCUCUGUAGUUGAAGCAAUGAUUCCUUUAUUAGGAGCGCCAGCAGUCCCGGCAAAAAGUUUCUCUUUUACCUCAGGAUAACAAGUCUGUCUGGCAGGAGAGAUGAAUAGUUGUCUGCCACAUCUAUUCAUAUCUGCCUCUUGCCUUUUAUCCCCAGAGCUAGGGUGGGGCUUCACUAGCAGCGGUGGCUCUUCUGUCCCAAGGAUUGGCCCAUAGAUUUCCACUGCUCUCCUCUCCUCUGCCUUCUGCGCAUCCGUGCAUCAGGCACUGGACCCAGCUUUUCCUCCUCUUCCUCAUCAGCCACCUCCAGACCUGAGGGCUGUUGACUCUCCAUCUGAGGGCUGACGGACGGCCCAGGCUCUGCCUCUGUCUCUCUCUCUCUGCCAGCUCCAUUCCCUCUUCCCACUCAGCUCUCAGGUUGCCUUGAUGCUGGCCCUGACUCCCACGCCUCCUCCUUCUCUGAUUUGGCUGCUGGAGGGGCCGUUGGCCGAUAGCCACAACAGUAGUCCUCGACCAUUCAUUCAGUGACAAUUUGAAGUUAUAACAGCCCUGAAAAUGUGACUUGUGACCAGUUUUCACACUUAUGACGGUUGCAGCACAUGAUGAAAAUUUGGACGCUUAGCAACGGGCUCAUUUUUAUGACCGUUGGGGUGUCAUGAGAUCAUGUGAUUCCCCUUUGGUGACCUCCUUACAAGCAAAGUUAACGGAGAAGCCAGAUUCACUUCGCAACCAUGUUAUCACCGUAACAACUGCAGUGAAUCACUUCACUGUGGCAGGGAAGGCCAUAAAAUGGGGCAAAACUCCACAACCGUCUUGCUUAGCAACCAAAAUUUUGAGCUCAGUUGUCGUAAGUCGAGGACUACAUGCACUUACAACCGAGAUUCGAAGCUCUGACGGUCACAUCCCACCCCUCCCCGCUCUGAUCAUGGGACUACAUUUUUGGUGGUCAACAAUUGGCCCAAUUUUUGGCUGUUUGCAGUGUCCUGCUAAUAUAGAUGAAGCGGGAUCUGAUAGAUGACCACUGGAUAACUUUCUAUUCACUCUAUUCUAAAAGCAGGAAAUGCAUCCGGUUGGAAAAAGUACAAAGUCAGCCAAAAACCUUUUGAUACCUUUAGGAGGCCUCUAAGUUGUCAGAAGAUAGGAACAUUCUAAUGACAUACAGCUUAAAGGUUGGUAAGGUCAAGGGUAUCCACAUGAGCUAGAAGUCGUUUAUCAACAGAAGAUAAUUUGAAUCUAUGCUCCAGUAAUUUACAGAACAAUUAUGAUUGUUUGGCAAGGAUAAUGUAAAACUUUAGUAAUUAGGAAAUGUCAAUUAAAUAUAACAAAUGUAUAUGACCAUAUAAACUGCUGAGUUAACAGAAUCCUUUGUUUGAAAAUGUAUAAAACUGUGGUCUCAGAAUCAUAAAGUUGUUCAGAUUUUUAGGUACGCAUACCUCUCUGAACCUUGCGCAAUAAAACUGUCUCCGGAUGACCUAGGAA